CCCAUCAAGAAAGGCUCACGUCGCCACCUGCUAUUUGUCUGUAUACUCUUUGUUUCAACGAUUCCUUUGAGAGAAGAAAAAAUGUUGAGUAAGAGUAACUGUGAGAAGAUGGUAGUCAUCACUCCAACUACUAACGAAUGGCCACAGAAUCAGAUAGAUGAUCAGAAGGGCAUGAUGGCUUCAACAGGCAAUAGAGUAAUGGAAAAACAAGUCCAAGAACAACAGCAGCAGCAGCAGCAACAACAACAACAACAACAACAAGCUCUCAGGUGUCCUCGCUGUGAUUCAUCUAACACAAAGUUCUGUUACUACAACAAUUACAGCUUGUCUCAACCAAGGCACUUCUGCAAGGCUUGCAAGCGGUACUGGACAAGAGGUGGUACUUUGAGAAACGUUCCUGUAGGUGGUGGAUGCAGGAAAAACAAGCGCGUGAAGAGGCCUUCUUCAGCUUCAGCCGUUGAUGGAGCUUCCUCUUCUUCAACUCCUAGUGCAAACACAGUCCCUCCAUCUCAACCCCACUUGGAUAUAUCUUCUUCCACAUCAAAUCAUCAUCUUAAUCCUUUGUUUUUUGGGUUAUCCAGUAACCCUUCUGAUGUGAGUCUUCCAUUUCCCACCAGGUUCAAUCCUAGAGUUUCCAAUGUAGAAACUGUUUCUGGGUAUGAUCUCCAACCCCAACUAAAUGCCCUUGGACUAGGGUUUUCCUCUGGAAUUAUGGCUAAUGAUGCUAGUGAAAAUGAUUACCGAAAUGGGUUUAAUCCUUCUUCCACAUCAAACUCACUUAUUUCAAAUUAUUCCAUCUUUGGUUCCACAUCUUCCACUGCCACUACUUCUCCAACCAUUGCUUCCCUUCUCUCCUCUAACUUUCAACAACAGAAAUUCAUGAAUGGCGCUAUGAAAGACAAUCGAGCACCAAAUCAUUAUCAAAGCUUGGCACCAUUUGAAGGCUUGCAUAUAGCGAGUAACAGUGCUGAAGCUGCAGGGAUUGGCAUAAAAGAAGUGAAAGUAGAAGAUGGUAACAGCAGGUUGGAUUGGAAUAAUGGUUCUUGCCAGAAUAAUCAAAUGGAGCAAGUUGGGUUGUCGGAUCCAUCUCUUUACUGGAAUGCAACAAAUAUGGGUGCUUGGAAUGAUCCUGGAAACAUUGGGUCUUCGGUCACUUCUCUGAUCUAGCAAAAACCAGACAUCAUUUUCGAAAUUGUCUCCCUCUUUUUUAGUCAUAUUCUUGGUCAUUUUUUAGUUACCUAGGUUUCUGUUGAUUACUUCUGUUUGUAGUGAAUUUUUAUGGUCAAGGUGGGGUUGGUUUCAAAAGAAAAAUUUGACAAAAAAGAAAAAGAAAAAGAAAAACAAGAUUUCGUAUUGAAGUAAUGAUGGGAGGAGCUUGGAUCGGAGCGAUCAUGUCAGCUGCAAAAACAAUCAGCCUGUUAGUUUUAUUAUCAAGGUUGAGACUUCACUAAUUGCGCUGAGAGGAACCUCGGAUCCUCUUCAUCUCAUCUCUUGGGUAUCAUCAUCAUCAUAGUCAACUUUCAGUGUGGAAGGUUUUCCUUGAACAUAUUGAGGACCCUUUGGAGCAACUUUCUAGUUCAGUAAGUUGGUUUUUAUUUUGUAUGUAUAUAUGCAUGACCAUGUCUUUUUUA